AUGUCUGACGCAGGGACGGGCGCCGCGGCGGGCGAGGGCGCGGGCGCGGGCGGGGGCGCGGGCGCGCGGCGCGCGUCGGAGCGCGACCUGCCGGCGCGGCUGGCGGCCGAGCCCGUGAAGCCCAGCAAGAGCACGCCGGCGCUGCACCACGCGCACGCGCCGCCGCCCUCCCCGCACCACGCCGCCGCACUCUCGCCGCAAUCCCAGACCUCUCUUAUAUCAAGCAUGAACAUGUCGAAGUUGAGGGGAGGUGCAGCCGGCAUGGCGCCGAGCAAAUCGCACAGCAGCCACAACCUCUCGGCGCCGAACGAUCUGUUCUACCAAAACCUGUCGUCUGUGCACGCUCAACAGCACCCGUUGCAAGACAGAUGGUCAUCGCUUCGUAGCUCAACAGGAAGCGGUCGACCCCAAUCUGCACACUUCUCCGCGACCUCGCCCGAACAGCUUCCGGAUGGUACUAACACGUUGCCACAUCAGGUUAACCAAGCAAAUGCCGCCAACGCUCGAGCCGCUAAAUUGGCAGAGAUGUCUGAAGAAGUUACUAGGCGACAACAACAACAACAGCAACAACAACAAAUGUAUCAACAUCAUCAUCAGCAACAGCAACAGUUACAACAACAGCAACAAAUGCAACAACAUCAGUUACAACAACAACAAUUACAACAGCAACAAAUACAACAAUACCAGCAGCAGCAACAACUUCAACAGAAGACAAACAACUACCCAAACCAGCAGAUGCACGUGCAUGCGAACAUGCAGCCGGGCCAAGGCAUGCACAUGCACAGCCCGCAAAGCCAGCAUGUGCACGCGCAGUACACGCCCCAGAUGCCACAAAUGCACGUCAACAUGCACACGCAGUACUCGCCCGCGCCGCAGCAUAUGCAGCCACAGAACAAUCAAAUGUACCAGAAUCACGCUCAGUCUCAAAGAUACGAUUGGUACCCGCCCGGGCCGCCGUCACCGCAGCGCAGCCAGCCACCUGUUGCUCCUAAACCUAUCUCGCAGCCUACAAGAAAAUCUGAAACAGAGGCCGAAGAUCUCUACCAGCAGUCACAACAGCCGCAGCAGCAAGCUUCAACUGUACAGCCUGAUGAUGAGCGGUACGUGGCGAGCGCGCUGGAGCCGCCGGCGGUGUCGGUGUACCCGGUGGGCGCGCCGGCCGCGCGCGCGCUCGCGCCGCACAACCCCUGGCAGCGCGAGGAGCGCGAGCGCCAGGCCGAGGCGCGCCGCCAGGCCAACCGGGCGCGCAGGGACGCGGCCAUCGCGCAGCUGGUGUCGCUGGGCGCGGCGCGCACGCCCGUGCAGAACCAGCAGCUGCGCGCGCUGCAGCUCGAGCGGGACUUCGAGCGCCGCGCCACGCAACACCAGGACGACAACGCGGGAGCGGACGGCGGCGGAGCGGAGGAGAGCCCGUCACCGGAGCCCGAGCCGGAGCCCGAGCGCGAGCGCCAGCUGCCGCCGCCCAAGUCUAUACUCAAGACCAACCAGCGCGUGGACCUCACUAACGGCUACACGCACACUUCACAUACGAGCAUAAUGGAAGAGAGUCGCGUAUCAGAACUGAGCAGCAGCAUGGCGAACAUAUCCGUCUCGAGCGCCGGCACGAGCAACCCGCCGCCGCCGCCCGAGCGCGGCUCGUCCUUCGCGGUGAUGGCCACGCGCCGCCUGGACGCGCCCGCCCCCGCGCCCCACGCUCCCCACGCGCCCCACGCCGCGCCGCACGACGCAGCGCUGCCGCCUCCGCAGUCGCCGGUGGGCGGCGCGCGCGACAAGCGUGUGUCGUUCCACGAGCGCGCGCCGCCGCCGCCCGCGCCGCCCGCCAGCUCGCCGCCGCCGCUGGACGCGCCCGCCGCCAGGGAGGACCCUGACCGGUUUAUCGAGGAAGCGGAGAGCAUGCUGGCAGGCGGCGCGUCGCCCGGCGCGGCCGCCGGCGCCGCGCCCGCGCCCGCGCACACGCCCGGCGUCAUCGGCGCGCAGGAGGUCUACAGGGACCCGCGCGCGCGGCGGCUGGCGGAGGCGCAGGCGCGCGCCGCGCCCGCGCCCGUGCCCGAGCAGCUGUCCUUCAAGGAGAAGAUGAAGAUGUUCGCGCUCGAGUCCGGCGAGGCCUCCACGCCCAAGGAUAAGGUGAAAAUAUCACGUGCACAGCGAGACAUAGACGCCGUGCAU